AUGGCCGACAAACAGCCCUAUUUGAACGCCAACUUCUACGGCCCCACCGUGCCUCCUUCGUCCAAGAGACACCGCGGGCGGCGCGUCCUUUGCACCAUUCUGAAGGUGGCAAUUGGGUUCAUCGUGGGGGUUGGUAUUGUAUUGUUGAUAUUAGGGAUUGUGUACCGUCCACAUAAGCUUGAGUUCAAUGUGACCUCCGCUAAACUCACCCAAUUCAACAUCACUGCCAAUCAGCUCUAUUACAACUUGGGUCUUAACGUUACCAUCACAAACCCCAACAAGCGCUACCGAGUUUACUACGACACUAAUGAAAUGGUUGUCCUUUAUAAGAACCGGAGGCUUAACAGCCUCUCGCUGCCAGCGUUCUUCCAAGACACCAAGAGCACCGCCGUCCUCAGCCCCAAUAACUUCGAGGGUCAACGCCUGAUCCUUCUCGCCGGCGAUGAAAUUGUUGAGUUCAACUCCGAGAAAGCUGAGGGGCAAUACCCGAUUGAUGUCAAGUUCUCUUUCCGGUUAAGGAUGAAGUCCGGUGAGGUGGUGUUGAAAUUAAAGCCCAAGGUGCACUGUGGAUUGAGGGUUCCAUUCAGUAAUGCUCCCAAGUCUUUUGUUUUCUUUCCCAACACUGCCUGUGAUUUCCAAUUCUGA